GUAUCAAGAUUGUGCGAUGUGCGAUGUGGCGGUAACGGCUACUUACUUACUUGCUUUUUCCCAACUUCUGUCAAUCUGUGUGCAUCUAGUCAGACCGUUCUAGAUUGUGAUGCGUUCUAUUGCCCCCUCCUUACCUCUACUUGUCUACUAUGUACGAGGUGCGGUGUCCACAAGGUCGGCAUCCGACGGGCUUGUUAGAAAAGUGCUUGUUACAUACCUAGACUUGUUCAACGGUCAAGUACAACUGUGGGACAGGAGAUGGAGAGAGGUCGGUCCUUCAAUGUAUCGCAAGCAAGGUGUGAUGUUUGCACUCAAGAAAAUGGAUGGAACGUGUUACGUCCGAAAGGCGACAUCCGAUGUGUCUGAGAAUGGACAUGGAAGAAUACUACUCUUUGUGUGUUUUGUGCAUCGAGGUGGUUAUAUGUCGGACAUUGCAAGUCUUCUUGUUCAUGUGUCCCAACUUUCGUUGAAGGAAAAGACGAGAACUUAUCAACAUCUUUCUGUUCCUCAGAUAGUCAGACUUGCUGCUUGUCUGUGGAGAUUCAACUGCCCGCGUGUGACCAUCCAACAAGUGCCGGGCAAUCAAACAUUGAUAUGACGGAAUAAGCUCGGCGACUUCGAACAAGGCUGCAAAAACGAUUGAUGCGGUUGUAGUGUGAAACAGGAUAGCCGCCUGAUCGCCUAUUUCGUACGACACAUUGACC